AUGGACUCGAUCUCUCAUCCUUUCGAGGGCAAAUCAGCAUUUGACGAGAUCCCCAUAGAGAUAUGGCAUAUCAUUUGCAAGCAUCUGGAACCAGCUCAGAAGUUCAACCUUUCGUUGGUUAACCGUCACAUGAAUUCUCUAAUCUCCAACGACGAGUUGUGGUUUGAGGAUGUUAGAUCAUUGUGGUAUAUAUUCGAUAAUUCCAGCAAGUUUUCACCCUUGGCAGAUUGGACUUGUCCCUCGUCAGGGUUCUACAAAGAGUAUGCACGCAGACAGCGACAGGACGCGUACAUAGAGUCCAGAAUCGAACGUGCAAUAUCCUCGGGCAAUUUUGGCGAUUUCCCCAAGGAAAUCCUGCAUUUGGGAGAAAUAUGUGUUCCCGUUUUAGUGAGAAUGCAAGAUCACUAUGGUCCCUCUUUUGCUGUUGAAAAAAAAGAAGGAGAUCAUACUAGGUUCUGCUAUCCAGCAGAGUCCAAACGUCGGCAUCUCGAGCGUAGAUUGCAGUCCUUGACGAAAAUAUAUGUGGCUUCACAAACAUUGAGUAUGGUACGCUUUAGGAGAGUGGGUGGGCUCGUUUUCGAGGCUUUUGAGAAGGAAUCCUCGCAAUGGGCAGGAAACAUCACUGUUGAGGACAUGAUGAUGGAGAUAUGUCACUUGGACCCCAACUACUAUGAGCUUUUUGCUAUUCGAAAACGGGUACUACGUCUUACGGUAGAUAAGGUGAAGGCUCAUGAAGAGUCUCAUGCUGAUGAUACCGUGUCCACAGCUUCAAGAGUAAGACUAGUACAUAUGAUUUUGCGGGAUGUGAUCAGAAGUCAGUGUGCCAACGUUGAAGGUUUUGGGGUUCCUUUGGAUCUAGUGAUUGACGACCAUAUGCUACUAAGAUACUAUUCUGGUGAUGUUGAAGGGACUCCAUAUUGCCAAUUGGCCGCAAUCUCCGAGGUUUGUUGUGAACUUGGAAUGAAAACCACCUUCGUGGGUCAAUCUCUCUUUGUACGUGAUCAAGGUUCAAGCCUUUGUUCGGUAUUGCUCACACUUCAACAGCUGGAGAUCCAUGAGGUCAGACUUGAACAAGACACGCCUCAGAAUAGCAGCUCUCAGGAAUUGUCCCUCCCCUUAACGCAAGAAGUUACUCGUGAAUUUUUACAUCAAUUUCUUGAACGAAACACAAACAAUGCGCGAGAACCGGGCGGAAAUUACGAUUAUUUUGCUGAGGACCAUUACUUGAGCAUCCCCCCAAGUCCAAUGCCUUGGCGGGCACAACAGCGAAACGUGUGUGCCAAUUACCAUAAUAACGAGAAAGACAUGUUCCCGUUGAUUGCUUUGUAUAUGUAUGUGUCGCAUGAGAAAAAGAUGGUUGAUCGUGAGGAGACCAAAGAUCUGUUGUCAGCAGUCUCAAGUCGUUCUGAGCGGCUCUAUCCACAUCACCUCCAAACCAUGCUUUCCAUCAUAAAAGACUAUUCGGACCUCAAGGACUUGUCUGAUGAUGCCAAAGAACUGGGCCUCACAAACGAUGCGUCGCUUUCGUUUCCUUUCUACUUCGAGUCAUUCUCAUCUUAUACUAGUCUGGCCAAUUAUAAAUUUGCCAGUGGCACCAUUGUUCUCUACAAAGAGAGAGAAUUGUGUGUGUAUCUUGCACGUGCAGUUGAUCGAACAAACUCUCCACACAGACUCGAAGAUGUUCUCUUCUGCUACUCUUUAUAUGGCGAACUUCUAGAGGUACGCGAGACCUCAUUGAGUCCUGCAAACAACAUAUCGGACGAUUCAAUACGCAAAUUCGCAGAAUUCGAUGAGAUCGGUGCUUAUUUCGAAAAAUUCGACUGGGAUAAGCGUGUAUUCGUCCCAAAUCUGAUUUUCCAGAAAUUUAUCGGAGACCGACUUGUUGAGAUGCGAUGA